AUGGGAUGGGAGGAUGCAGUAGUCAUGCCUACGGCUUGGCAAGAAGCGAUCAACAAACUCGACGAAAUGUACCAGCGAUGCGCCACCGAUGAUUUGUUCAAGCCCAUGGGCUCAUGCUGUGAGCCAUUCCGCUUAGGACGUCCCCUCAUGUAUCCCAGACACUCUCUCGGUUAUGGCCAUUCUUGUCCUGAAAGCGAUGGUCCGUCGUGUUUUGCCGACCCCUCCGAUCCACAUUCAUCCAAAAGCAAAACGGGACCUUUUAAAAGAAUGAAGAGACGACUGACAAACUUGCUGUAG